UUGAGAAGGAUAUCUUAGCGUGCCAGUGGAAGGAUAUUCAUUUAUCUUCAGUGAGCGUUUUAUUCUGGUCAGGGUUGCGGUGGGUCUGGAGCUAGGAACACACUGUGAAUGGGACAGCAGUUCAUCACAGGGCACCAUGCACACACGUUCAUACGUUCAUACAUUCACCAUUCUCAAUUUAUAAACAUCAGCAUGUUUGGAAGGUGGGAGGAAGUUGGAGAAUCCAGAGAAAACCCAUAUGGUCACAGGGGGAACAUGCAAAACUCCAUACAGACAGCACCCUGAGCUCAGGAUCAAACCAGAGGCACCAUUUUAAGAAAUGAUUUCUCUAACCCUAACCCUAGAUUUCUCACAAGUUGUAUAGCUGAGCAUUUGAGAAGGAGAGAAGAAACAGCUCUGCUUCUGUACUACAGGCGACACACAGUAUGAAACGGAUUAUGAACGGUUUGUGAAGAUGAUUCAGCUUCACUCAUGACUCUGGCUGGCACGGUGACUGUGCACGCGCUGAUGUGAGGAAAUGUGAUUUCUUCACGGACUUUUCACCACACCACCUCAGUUCACUGGUCUGACCGCAGGAUGCGCGCGUUGCUUUUCGCGGUGCUUUUCGCGCAUGCCCUCGCAGGACCCGAAACGCGCGCGCCCUGCCCGGCCACGUGCGACAUGACCAAGUGCCCGGCGCCGCGUGCUGCAUGCCAGGGCGGGCGCGUGCUGGACCGGUGCGGCUGCUGCGCGGUGUGUGCUGCGGGGGAGGAGGGGGCAACCUGCGGGCGCAAGCGUGAUGCUCCCUGCGCCUCGGGGCUGGAGUGCGUGCGCUCCGGGGCAAAGAGAUCCUCUAAGGGGGUUUGCCGGUGUAAGAGCGGUCACCCGGUGUGCGGCAGCGAUGGUAAGACUUAUGAAAGCCCGUGCAGGCUGGAGGCGGCCGGUCGCAGAGCGCGGCAGCGGGGGAACGCUCCGGUAACGCGCGCGCACAAAAAUCAGUGCGCAUCUGCAGCUCCAGGUCCCACACACCACAACAGCCCCAGGUACAAGUUUAACUUCAUCGCUGAUGUUGUGGAAAAAAUCGCGCCAGCUGUGGUCCAUAUCGAGCUUUUCCUCAGCCAUCCGCUGUUUGGCCACCACGUGCCGUUGUCCAGCGGUUCAGGGUUCAUCGUGACAGAAUCUGGUGUGAUCGUGACCAACGCUCAUGUGGUGAGCAGCAGUGCCACUACAGCGGGCCGACAGCAGCUUCAGGUGCAGCUUCACGAUGGCAAAACGUACGAGGCCUCCAUAACAGACAUCGACAAGAAGUCUGACAUCGCCACCAUCAAAGUCAACCCUCGGAAAAAGCUUCCAGUUCUUCCUCUGGGCCACUCAGCUGACCUGCGCCCGGGCGAGUUCGUGGUGGCCAUUGGCAGUCCGUUCGCUCUGCAGAACACUGUAACUACAGGCAUCGUGAGCACGGCACAGAGAGACGGCAAGGAGCUCGGCAUCCGGGACUCAGACAUGGACUACAUUCAGACUGACGCCAUCAUCAAUUAUGGAAACUCAGGAGGCCCACUCGUUAACCUUGAUGGUGAGGUUAUUGGGAUAAACACACUGAAGGUGACCGCUGGGAUCUCCUUUGCCAUUCCAUCAGACCGUAUUAAUCGAUUUCUAGACGAAUCUUAUGAUAAGCAGUACAAAGAUAAACAGAGACUACUUAGGCUGCAGUACACGCCAUCUCAGCCUGUGGUGUCUGACUCAGAUGUAAAAGGCACAAAGAAAAGAUUUCUUGGAAUCAGAAUGAUCACCCUCACAAAAGACCUGGUUAAAGAGAUGAAACAGCACGAUCCAUAUUUCCCAGAUAUCAGCAGUGGAAUUCUUGUUCAUGAGGUCAUUCCAGAUUCCCCUGCGCAAAAGGGUGGACUUGAAGCAGGUGAUGUGAUUGUGAAACUAAAUGGCCGUCCAUUGGUCAGCACUGAUGAUAUCCAGUUGGCGCUUCAUGGAGACAUGGCCCUUCUUUUGGAAAUUCAUCGUGGCAACAAUAGUUUUCUAUUCAACAUUGAACCACGUGUCCUUGUGCAGAAAUAAAUAGUAAAAUAAAGGUUUACUAGAAAACUGGUGUGGAUUGAGACGACAUUAGGUCAAGUCAAGUCAGUUGGCUUUAUUGUCAUUUCAACCAUAUACAGCUAGUUAGUACACAGUGAAACGAAAGAACGUUCCUCCAGGACCAUGGUGCUACAUCAAACAACACAGAACUACACAUGUAGAGCCUACACAUCUCUACAUAAAGUGCACGUGCAAAUGUGCGCAAACAGCACAAGACAGUACAAUAUCUACUAAAACAGGACAAUAGGCACAGUUCGAGACAGUGCAGCACCGACCGGUACGCUGUUCUAGUAUGAAAGUGUCAGAUAUAACAGUAGUGCAAAAGAAUAACAAUAUAAUAAAUUGCUAUGAAUGUAAACAUAACAUACUAUGACAUAGUAUUCGGCAAAUAAGCUUAUACCAUAUAUGGGCUUGGCAUUUGUUGGGGUAGCAGCCAGGUAGAAAGUAUAGCAAGAAUAAAGACAAGAAAUUAUAUACAAUAUUUUAUAAAUACAAUACCAGCAACAAAAUGUAGGUACUAAAUCCAGAAAUGUGCUAAAAUUGCAAAGGGAGUGGGAUGGUGUUCAGUUGAGUAUGAAUGUGUGUGUGUGUGUGUGUGGUAGUGUGUGUGUGUGUGUGUGUGGUAGUGUGUGUUGAAUUUAAAGUGCGAUUGUUUUUUUUUUAAUUUUGUAUGGAUGAGAAGAUGGAGGCUACAUAUGAACAAGUGAACACUCACUGUAAUUUUUCAAUAUUACAAAGUGCAGUUAAGAUAUGCCAUGUAUUAAUGACCAGAGAACAUCAUUGUAAAUGAUGACUAGGAGUUUACAAGUUUCUCUGAAUUCAACUGAAAACUCAGACUUUACAUUAUUUUAUAUUCAGAUUUUGACAUACAGUCAUACAGUCACUGGAGCCAAAUGUCUGUCUUUAAAUCCUAAGUCCCCUCACUGUAUUCACUACAAACUACCUGAAAAUGUUCUUUGAUAUAACUUACGAAAUACACUAUUUUAAACAUAUUUUAAACUGACAGGCUGAGAUAUGUUCUUGGCUACAUACAGUAGCAUUGUAGUACAGUGUUAAUAAUUUAUGUGCUGUUUAUCACGCCAGUGCAAGCAGGUCUUUCUAUAUACACUAGCAUGUAUAUUUUUUACUUGUUUUAUAUUACGAA